CUGACGGUGUGUGUGUGUUAAUAAACAAGGGACGGGGUGAGGGUGUGGUUAAUGGCAACUGGCUGCUCUUUUAUUAUUCCUGAACGUUCUUGACAUCAACACACAGCUUAGUUGCGAGUUAUGAGAGAUAACAAAAUACUUGAAGAUGAAAUAUUUUAAUGUCGCUCCCUCACUGCAUUAGAGGACUAUGACUUGCAGGCCACCAAACCAAUAGCUUAACGGCCUCUUCCCCAUGGCAUAUAUAAAUCAUUUGCGAAGGAAACGUCAUAGAUUUAAUGGGUGGCAACUUAUACAAUAAUACAAAGACAUUCCAGUUUGAAUAACCAGAUGAGGAACUGUAUACAGUAUACUGUACAAGUGUUGUAAUUCACAAAUUGUUCCCACCUCAGAAUGGCAGAAGGAGCAGAAGUUGUAGAGGAUUUUUAUGGGGUUUAUUUAUUGUACUGUAUCAACCCACAGUACCAUGGCCGUACAUAUAUUGGCUAUACUGUGAAUCCCAACCGGCGCAUCAGGCAACAUAACCGAGGAGUCAGGGCUGGAGGAGCUCACAGGACUAAUAAUAGAGGCCCAUGGGAAAUGGUGCUGAUUGUUCAUGGAUUUCCCAAUGAUAUUUCAGCUCUUCGUUUUGAAUGGGCUUGGCAGCAUCCUGAAAGAAGCCGUCGCCUUCGAGAUGUGGCUCGGAAAAAAGCUAGAGAACAAAAAUAUGAUUUUUGUCUUCGUGUUGUAGCGCACAUGCUACGCACAAAACCAUGGUCCCGCCUGCCACUUACUAUCAGAUGGGUGAAGCAACAAUAUAUGAAGGACUUUCCUGCAGGAAUGGAGCCACCAGUUCACAUGCCUAUUGCUUAUGGUCCAGUAAAGCCGGCUAAAUUUACAGCAUCAAGUGGAAAGACUGAUGUAUCAGACCAGAAUGAUGUUGAGUGUGUUAUCUGUGAAGACACUGCUAAACACACUGAUAUAAUGAGAUGUCUGUCUUCAUCUUGUCAACUGGUUGCUCACAUCAGAUGCCUUGCAAGCCACAUGUUGCAAGAAGAGUCACCCGGGCAGAUACUCCCCAUAGAAGGUUCUUGUCCAGUUUGUGGCAUCACAAUACUAUGGGGAGAUCUGGUAAGGCUGAAGCGUGGUUGCUAUCAGCUACCAGAAGAAGAGGAAGAUGACCAUUGGGCUGAAUCUCUAUCUCAAAUUCCUUGAAAUUUGUAAAUUUGUGCCAUGUUGCUGUUGGCAAACUGUAUACUUUGGAGCACCUGUCCAUACAACCUUGUUAAAACUUGUAACUGAACUUAUUGAAUUUCUUGUCAAUUUUGGCUGCUUGAACAUUCAUACAAAGUUUCAUCAAAAUUAAAUUUGAUAUAGAAAACACUUUGUGGCUUGUACUAAUGUACUCUAUGUCUACAGACACAAAGAUCCAGAUAACACAGGACUCAUUCUCAUUACAGUACUUCAUAAUGACAGACAAAAAGUACUUUUUAACUUGUUAAGUUAUACGUACCAUAUUUUCAUAUUUAUAACAGAUGGCUUAAGUGAGAGCAUUCUUUAGUCUGUGUCAAUGCUUGCAAUUGAGGACUUGGGUCAUUUUGUAGCAAGGCUGUUGCUUCGUAGACAGACGGACACAUUUCUUCAGUAUUUAAUCUAUCGUAUGUAUUUUAUGAUAUUUUAAGCUAUAAUAACCUUUAUGUUGAUUUCCACAUUUGGGGAAGCAAAAAUUAGCAUGUGAAAUGCACUAAUUAUAAAUAUAAAGAAAACACAAAUUCUGUGACAUUAACUCCUCCUCACCAUGUGAUGUCAAGCAGCGCUGUGGAGGAGAUCACUGAAAUUUUUUAAUCUCUUUUUUUUUGUAUUAUUUUAUUCUCAUCAAGAUAUUUAUGUUACCAGAGCUCUUCACGUGUUAAUUUUUGCUUCUUCAAGUGUGGAAAUUAUCAGAGAUCAACUGAGAAAAGUUAUUAUCAUUUUAAAUAUCAUAAUAUAAAUAUGAUGGAUUAAAUACUAUACUAAAAAACUUCUGCAUAGUGAUUCUUCAGUGUCUGUCUGCUACAAACUGACCCUAGGCUUCAGUUAGAGUUUACAGAUUAUGGACUCUCAAUCAUGAUUCAUUUCUGGGACCAAGUAAGGUCUAAGGAUGGUGUAGCAUUCCUCUGUUGUAGUAUGUGAUGAACUGAACACCAGCCAAAUCUGUGCCCUGGGCAGGUAAUCUUUCAUGCUUGGGGCUGCCAUCCCACAAAUGACAUAUAAUGUUUUUAUCUAUUUUUUACUGCGAUAAUAUAAUAAUUCCUUUCAUUGGUUGCAUGUUUUUAGUAAUUUUAGAAUAAGCUGUGAGAAUUAUAAACUCUUGGAAUCUACCAGAUUGUAUUGUGAUGGCACCGACUGUGAGUUCUUUCAAGACCAGACUAGACUGACACUGGCACAGGUACAGAUACAUUCAGCAGCCGGUACAUGUGCAACACUUACCAACAGAGCGUAACAGAGAUAUGAGCAGCUGCCCAAGUGGUUAACGAGCUGAUCACUGGCAAAUAGGAUAAAAGUACAGUUACCUAUAAAAUAUAAAGCAUGAAUCACGGUAACUUAGUCAUUAAGCUCUACCAAGCAUCUGAGUAACUUGACUCUAGAGUCUAGAACUUCCAGGUGUGAAUAUGAUGUGCAGUACCAUCUGUGAUACUGCCGUUUGAUUUUAGAAUAUUUAUUUUAGAUUUUAUUGGAUUUUUGCAACAACAAAAAUAAUGUCACUGCAGUACAGUAUCAAUUAUUUAUCCAGUGGCUAUCAAAGUUUUCAUAAUUGACUUAGAAUUAGAUGAUAUUUAGCAUUUGCGAAGGCAAGUAUUGCACAGUACAGUUCUGUAUUGUAUUCAUAACAACAUAAUGUAAUGUGUUUUAUUCAAAAUUAAUUAUGUAUUUCUGUCAAUAAAAUAUGAGUAAAGGAA